UUUUUUUUUGGCUUGUCCUUGCUUACAGGGAAAUCUUGAUUGGAUAUUGUGGUAGUUGGACAAUCCACUAUGGCGAACGGAGGUACGAUUGCGGGCGACACCAAGUGGAAAAUCUUGCUAUUCGGUGCCAUUCCCGACACACAAGUGUUGCUGGAGAAGCUCCACGAAAUUCACGAUGGACCCGCUGGCCCUUUCCAUGUUGCCUUUGUUACAGGCUUUGUCGAGAAUGUGCGAGUUUUGGAGAAGGCGAAUGCGCCGAUUCCAGUUUACUUGUAUCCAUUUGCUCAAUAUCGGAAUGCUGGAAUCGACUGCGACUGGCCAUCGAACUCCGCGAGGCCAUCGGAUCCAUUGUCGCUCUCAUCGCAGUUAUCUACUCCAGAGACCACACAUGGGAAACCUCCCUGUGCGACUCGCCUUUACGAUGCACUCCGUAUUGCGAACAAUUUUUUCAUCCUUGGUGAUUGUAGCCGUACGUCUUCUGCCUUAUUGUACCGUCUACCGCUUUCCGCUGGAAGCGGCGCCGCCAGCUGCGGUAGUCCCAUAUGCGAAACAAGCCAAGGCUCACCACAUUCCACAUCACCUACUUCCCCAAAGACACCGCUCAUUGUUUUGGUCUGCCCCGGAAUUGUCUCAAAUAUCCCGCUAAUUAUGAAUCAGCUGGCGUUGACCACCACCAAUCACGGUUGUGAUUUGUUUUUCAGUACACAGGCUGCCGUCGGGGUUCAGGAUGUUUUGGACGAGGAUCCUAAAGAUAUCACGCUCGACUACACAACCACAGUUUCCCGUCUCGUACAAGCUUAUCAGCCACGCUACCAUGUCAUCGCGGCCAAUAAGUAUUGCUCCUCCCAUUCUUUUUCGUACUCAAUGGAUGAUGUCACCCAAAGACUGAGCGCCAGAAAUUCCCGCGUUGGUCGUUUCUUAACCCUAGCACCUUGUCGUGACGGACCCUCACGAGGGUCGGACAAGUUUGUUCAUGCGCUAAGUCUACAGCCAUCUUUCACUAUGACAAGUCUCGAUUGGCAACGCGAGCGACCUGGUUUUGUUUUGGCGAAUCCAUUCCAGCACUUGGCCUUGGAAGCGUCAACUGAAGCAGAGGAGAGUGACAACUAUGUCAGUGGCACGACUCCUCGUCGCUUGUUUCCUCCUACGUCUCCUCUGACGAUUCGAGAAUACGAUGACGAUCCCCGAACGGGCAGAAAUGGUUUUCAUAACGACGGCGCUCAACUGCAAAGCCAAUCACAAUUCUUUCGAGAAUAUCGUGUGUCCAUAGAUGAAUCCAAUCGAGUACACGUUAGUUCGCACACGUUCUACAGCAAUCUUUCCUCUAUUUCAUUUUGGCAGCAUCUCAGUCAAACACCAAUCCGUUUCGCCACUGAACUGUUCAUGCCGGUCGGCUAUCCGUAUUCUGUUAGAGAAGGAUACCUUUCCUAUCAGAUUUACGAUAGUAUUCAGGGUCUAUCGAGCUAUUUGAGAGCCGUCCUUUGUUCUGCUCAAGUCUUACAGGCAGCCGGUGUCGGCGAUGCAAACGCGACGGCUAUCAUGGCGGCCCUCACGUGGGCGUUAAAAGACGGACUCGGGAUGAUAGGUGGACUGAUUUUUUCCUAUGGAGUUGCUUCUCAUUUGGAUGCAUACGUCAAAGAGUUUCGGCUCUUUGCCGACGUCAUUAACGAUGUCGGUAUGCUACUCGACAUGCUGGCUCCGUAUGUUCCACGCGCCGACUUGAUUUGGAUAUCGUCUGCUGCAACUCUCUGCAAAGUCAUGUGUGGGAUUGCCGCGGGUGCGACGAAAAGCAGUAUUACCCAGCAUUUCGCUUUGCAAGGUAAUAUGGCCGACCUUAACGCGAAAGAAGCAACCCAGGAGACGCUGGUUAAUUUGAUUGGUAUGGUUUGUGGUGUCACGCUAGCCCGGUAUUUGUCGCAAUUGGAAGCGGGUAACGAGGAAGGCGACACUGACCGCAUAGGUUACAGAUCCUGGAUUCCAUGCAUCUCCCACGAUUCGAUUCAAUGGAUGGUAUUUACCAUCCUUACCUUAUUACACAUUUGGUCCAACUGGAAGGGUGUCAGCUUAUUACGCCUAGAAACAUUAAAUCGGGAACGAACCAAGGUUGUGCUUUGUGCGGCUGGGCUGUGGAGGGCACUCGUCCCAGAUUGUGAAGCGUUGCGCAGUGAAAAGUACGCUGAAUUGGGCUUGCUACGGCAAGAAAUGCUGCUCGAGACACUUCAAAAAUGUAUUGAGAAUAUCCCAAGACCAAACGACAUGCGCGAGUCGCUGGCAUCGUCCACGUGGGAUUUGCUGAUGCCGACUCGUUUGGUUUUGCACGCGCGACUAAAAGACAUGAUUGCUAUUGACUGGACUGCAACAAAAGAUUUUGUCAACGAAAAGUACGUUGUUGUUUUAAGCGAUCGAGGACGAGCUCUUGUCUGCCUACUGACGGGGGCAGCGCCGAUGGAUGAGUUGAAAGCUUUUAUGCACGGUCUAUUAAUUCUCAAAUGCCUAGACUCGAUUGGAAGAAAAUUAAAUUUGGGUGACGUUGGUCAGCGAAGUGAGCUGGUCCGUCAAACUCAACAACAAAUCAAUAUGCUGUUUAAUCCAAGCUGGGCAUCACAGUCAGCUCAAAGUGAGAACACCUCUGAGCCUCUCUCGUUUUCGAAGGAGCUGCGAGCCAAGGGGUGGGAUGUGGAUGGCCGAUUAUAUUUGGGCUUUCCCCGUCGACGAAGCCAGUGGAUGCCAGAAAAGGCCGAUUGAAUUCAGAAAACGUGCUUAUUGUUAGAUAUCCAGCUUUUGUACAAUUGAUAAGGCCUGUAUAGAACAAAAAAAUUUAAUUA